AUGAGUUGCCUCAGGUGGCAGCCCUGCGAGCCACUGCCAGAGGUGAAGGGCGUACUGAUCGCUGACUCAGCGAUAGUCAGCUGGACUCGGUCACGGCCCCCCAGCCCGGAAGUGUGCGAUCGGAAGCUCGACCCGCUGAAUCUCCACCGCGUGCACUUCCGUUCCCACAAGCCUUCCAGAGAAGCCACGGCCAUCCGAGCACCACCAAAAGAGAGGCAGGCCAAGCAGGCCAUGCACCCUAUGCAGCCUUCAAACGAUGCCACGUCCAAGCGCACAGCACGCGCCUGUGACUCGUGCUAUAAACGCAAGAUCAAAUGUGAUGCCGCCAAACCCAAAUGCAACUGGUGUGACCACCAUAAUCUUCCCUGUACAUUCGAGCGAGUGAUUCAGCGAAAGCGCAAGACUCAAGAUGAAGCCAGUCGGCCUCGAGCCGCGCGACUAUCUGAGCGCAUCAGUCGGAUUGAACAGCUUCUCGCCAGCAACCUGCUGGGAGACGCCAGUCUACCUGAUGACCACAGAGCUGAACUAGGCGAGGCUCUCAGUGAUAACAUCACGUCCAGUACCUCCCCAAGCAAUGCUAGCACCAAUGGACCGCAGCUUGCUCAUUCGGUGGGCCUCCAUUUUGCGGGACGAGAGCUGGGAGUGAUCAGUCUGCUCACAGGCAUCCCUUUUCUGCUGCCAGAAGGCCAGGAUUGGAUCCAGGCGCGCACCGGACAGGCUAUUGUGCACGAGAAACUCAGUCCCACACACCCGCCAUGGGAAAGAGAGCGAGAUCAAAUCAAUGGAGUGUUGUUGUCGAGCUUGACGAAUCACAGCCUGCUCGACCUCCCUGAACAACGUGUUGCGCGGGUCUAUUUUGAUGCAUACAAGAAAACAGGCGUCAUGCGACGGAUUUUCCCAGUGAUUGACCCGGAUCUCUUCGAGACCACCAUCCGUCUUGCGUAUCAGGACCACAACUACAGCUCGCGACAGAUGGCCAGUCGAGCAUGUGUCCUGGCCUUCCUUGCCUUCAUCGCGUCUCUGCCUUCAAUCUACGACUUUGAACGGGACCCAUCGAUUGAUCAUGAAGUUCUGGCUUUCAAAGCUCGAUACCUCAUCACCCAAAUAUUGCACGCUGCUGCCACACUGGACUCGUUACAGGCGGCUACUAUUCUGGUCAUCAGCUCUUUGACUGCCAUUGCGGCGAGGCACAUCUUCAUGCUCGGGGCCAAUCUCGCCCAAGAUCACGUCGGUCCAUUAUUUGAGCGCAGCGAAAAACGUCAUAAGCAACUGCGGAAUGUCUUCUGGGUCUGUUACACGGUCGACAAGGACGUCGCCCUGCGCACCGGUGAACCGCCCAUGAUCAUCGACCAGAAUUGCGAUUUGACUCUACCUGACGGGUACAUAAAUCGGAUCGCUCUUGAUCCUGAGCGAGACGACAGCUCUGACGUAGAGCCUGUCUUCCCGUUCGAUCUUCGCCUGAGUCAGGUCAAAUCUCGAGCUUACGUCGAGCUGUACUCAUUCAGCGCUUUGCAAAAGUCAGAUGCCGAGCUACUCAAGUCCAUUCGUGAACUGGAUGACGAUUUAGAAGCAUGGCGCCUGUCGAUCCCGUCUCAAUGGCGCCCAACUAUGUCCUUUUCCCCGGAGGCUUCCGACCCAAACAUGAGCAUGCACUCGGUGAUGCUACGGGUCAAUUAUUACCUGUGCAUGAGCAUGAUUCAUCAAGCGAGCAGUCGUUGCAAAGCCUGGAUGCAGGGAAGUGGGCUCAUGGAAGGUGUGAGUUCUAGUCUUGCGCUGUCCGUUGAGGCGAGCCGAUCUACGCUCUGCUACUUGGGUGCUGCCGAGCAUAUUUUACAGGAGGAAGUCUUCUGGAUGCUGAUCUUUUAUCCCAUUUCCGCCCUCCUCACUCUCUUCUGCAGCAUUCUCCAAAAUCCGCUCGAUCCUCGCUCGCGGGACGAUUUGGAUCAUUUGAAGAUGGCCACGUGUAUAUUUACGCGAAUUUCCAAGAAUCUGCCUGAGAAUGAUGCCGAGCAUAUACGGCUCAUCAUUGACUUUGUUGGUGAAUUGAAGCGAUUGGCUGAGUGUGCCAUUGACAAGGCAUGGGGGGAGCAUGUUUCUGCAUCACGAAUGACAUUCUAA